AUGGGCAAGAAGAGAUCAAGAGAGGAAGCCCAGAAGGAGGUCAUCCAGAACGACCCCACUGUCGAUAAGAUGGAUGAGGAUAGUGACAGCUCAGACUCAGAUGAGGACAUGGACAUCAUCAACGUCGACUUUGAGCUGUUCAACUACGACAAGGACAUCGACUUCCACGGCGUCAAGACGCUUCUCCGCCAGCUCUUCGACGCCGACGCUCAGCUUUUUGAUCUGUCCGGGCUCAGCGACAUGAUCAUCGAGCAGAACACCAUCGGCUCGACGUGCAAGGUGGACGACAAGGCCAACGAUGCCUACGCCUUCCUCACCGUGCUCAACGCGUGGGAACACCGCGAGAAGAAGCCCGUCGCGCAGCUGAUCGAGUACCUGUCCGACAAGGCCGUCAAGGCUUCAGGGGACCUGGCCGUCCUGCCCGAGCUCUUCACUUCCGGCAAGGCCCAAGUGGGCAUCGUCCUGUCCGAGCGCCUCAUCAACAUGCCUGCCGAAGUCAUCCCGCCCAUGUGGAACAUGAUGAUCGAGGAGAUCGCCGACGCCGUCGACGACAAGGAGCCAUACGAGUUCACGCACUACCUGGUUGUCUCGCGCGGCUACGUCGAGGUCGAGUCGAGCCUGGACCAGGAGGAGCAAAAGCGCAAGCGGCAACGCGACGAGAAGGGCCUGCAGUUCUUCCACCCGGAGGACGAGGAGAUGCGCAAGCAUGCUGUCGGUAGCGGAGCCUACACUUUUACUAAGGAAGGAGACUCGGCCGACAGCAAGCGCGCUUUCCAGGAGCUGGGCGUCAAGUCACAGGGCUUCAUGAUGCUCAUCGAGGCGGGCAAGUUCAAGACGGCUGUCAAGGCUAUUGCGGAUUACAUUGGCGCUGCGGCCAACUAA